AUGAUUCUUCAAUCUGCAUUUCACUACUAUUCUCAUAUCAUUUUGAUGAUAAUAUCCAUAUAUCCAUUGUUGUUGGCAUGUGCAAAAGAUCUUACCAUAGCAAAACCUGGUUGUGUUUCCACAUGUGGGAACGUUGACAUCGCUUACCCUUUUGGUAUGAACGACUCCAAUUGCUAUGCUCACAAAUUUUUCGAGAUAGAGUGCAAAAAUCACAAGCCUUACCUUGCAACAUUCAAUCUUGAGGUCACACAAAUUUAUGUAAACGUUAGCACAGUGGAGAUCAAGAACCCAAUCUACUAUAGCUGCCAAAGCAAAAAUGCUUUCAUAAACCUAACAGGAAGCCCUUACGUGUAUUCCCAAGAAUACGACAAAUUCAUGGCCAUUGGUUGCAACAAACUAGGGUUCUUGCGUUCCAACGGUUCAAAGGUUGGCGGUUGCGUGUCCAUCUGCGACGGCGAUGAAGCGGUUGGAAAGGUUGAAUUCGGAAACGACGGUUGCCAUGGGAGAUACUGCUGUGAGACUUCACUGCCUAUGCAUGUUUGGGAGUACAACGCAACAAUAAGGGAUAUUAUUAUUGGAGAUGGAAGUGAGAGCAACACGUGUAGCUAUGCCAUGAUUGUGAGUGAUGCUUGGCUUCACAGUUAUGGUUUGGGGAUUCAGAAACUUAGUAACGUAGAGAACAUGAUUGAUGUUCCUGCUGUUCUUGAGUGGGAGAUUCGGUAUGAUAUGGGGAUCAAUUCAACACUCUCUCCUUCUCGUGCUUGUUGUGACGGUUCGAGUCUUACGUCUCCAAGCAACACUUCCUCUGGUUUUAGGUGUCGCUGCUUGGAUGGUUACGAUGGCAAUCCCUACAUUCGAGGGGGUUGCAACGAAACAAAGAUUUUCCACCACAAAAACUCAAAAUCAAAAAAACACGCCAUGUAUGCAGGAGUUUCAUCAAGUCUUGGGUCAGUCAUUUUACUCCUUGGUGGAUGGUUGUUGUACAAACUUAUAAGGAAGAGAAUAAUAAAGAAACGCAAGGAAAAGUUCUUCAAGAAAAAUGGCGGUUUGUUGUUAAAACAAAAGUUGUCUUCAGGCGAAGAAAAUGUUGACAAAGUUGUUCUCUUCACCUUAAAAGAAUUAGAAAAUGCCACUGACAACUUCAAUCUAAAUAGAAUUCUUGGAAAAGGAGGCCAAGGUACCGUUUACAAGGGAAUGCUAGUAGAUGGCAAAAUCGUUGCAGUUAAAAAGUUCAAAGUCCAAGGAAACACUGCAGAAUUCAUCAAUGAAUUCGUUGUUCUUAAUCAAAUUAACCAUAGAAAUGUGGUUAAGUUAUUAGGGUGUUGUUUGGAGGAUGAAGUUCCUUUGCUCGUUUAUGAAUUUAUUCCCAAUGGUAACCUUUAUGAACAUCUUCAUGAACAAAAUGAAGAUUUACCAAUGACAUGGGACAUGAGAUUGAGAAUUGCCAGUGAGAUUGCAGGAGCACUUUUUUACUUACACUCCAUUGCUUCUCAACCCAUUUAUCAUAGAGAUAUCAAAUCAACAAACAUACUAUUGGAUGAAAAAUACAGGGCAAAAGUAGCAGAUUUUGGAACCUCUAGAAUAGUUUCUGCUGAAGCUACUCAUCUCACUACGGUAGUUCAAGGAACUUUUGGUUAUUUAGAUCCUGAAUACUUUCAAACUAGUCAGUUUACUGAUAAGAGCGAUGUUUAUAGUUUCGGAGUAGUGCUUGUCGAACUUUUAACCGGACAGAAGGCAAUAUCGUCGAUAAGAUCGGACGAAGUGAGGGGUCUAGCUUCGUUUUUUGUUGUGUGUAUGGAAGAGAAUCGGGUAUUUGACAUUGUUGACAAAAGAGUGUUGAAGGAGGGAGAGAAAGAACAUAUAAUUGCAGUGGCUAAUCUUGCAUAUAGAUGUUUAGAGUUGAAUGGGAGAAAAAGGCCUACUAUGAAACAAGUUACCUUGGAAUUAGAAGGGAUUAGAAGAUUGGAUUAUUGGAAGGGUGGUUCGGCACAAGAAAACUUUGAAGAAAUUGAGCUUGAUAGAAAUGAAGACAAUCAACUAUGGGAUGGAUAUUCAUAUUCUAAUGUGUCAGAAACAUUGCACACUACUACAAGUAGCAGCAGGGAACUCUCCGAGGUUAUGCCUAUUCUUAAAAUCAAAUAA